GUGCCCUCCUCUUUAUCUUGCUACUUGAGCUCAUCUCCUCCAACGCAGAAAAUCAUUGCCCUCUAAUUGUUUGCCUGGAAAAUCUAAUAAAAAAAGUUCUGGUUUAACCGUUCACAAUUCGGGUUCAAAGUGCUUGUAUUAAUUCAUUGGAGAAUGAAUAGCAAAAAGGAAGCUGUGGAGAUCAACAUUCCAACAGAUAAAGGUCUUCAAACUAAGAAGAAAUCUGCCUUGGAAGGCUUCUCAUGUAAUACUUGGAUAUGGAAUGUUUGGGGAUUUUGCAAGGAAGACAGUAACAGAGUGAUAUUCUCAUUCAAAGUGGGGCUGUCUGUUCUUCUAGUGUCUUUGCUCAUACUUCUCCGAGCACCUUAUGAAGUUUUUGGCACCACCAAUAUCGUUUGGUCCAUCUUAACUGUUACCAUCAUGUUUGAGUAUACAGUCGGUGCCACCUUUAAUCGAGGAUUCAACCGAGCAAUUGGGACAUUGCUUGCAGGGAUCUUAGCUAUUACAGUUGGUCAGUUAGCUCUACAUGUUGGACAAGCUGCUGAGCCUGUUGUUAUAGGAAUUAGCAUAUUCCUGAUUGGAGCGUUGACAUCAUUCAUGAAACUGUGGCCUUCGUUUGUGCCAUACGAAUAUGGCUUCCGGGUCAUACUCCUUACCUUCUGUUUGAUUGUCGUCUCUGGAUAUCGGAUGGGAAACCCGACUAGAACUGCCAUGGAGAGACUUUACUCCAUUGCCAUUGGAGGGUUUAUAGCAGUCUUUGUGAAUGUGCUUGUUUUUCCUAUAUGGGCUGGUGACCAAUUAUAUAAGGAGUUAGUUAACAACUUUAACGCAGUAGCAGACUCCCUUGAAGAAUGUGUAAAGAAAUAUUUAGAAGAUGAUGGAUUAAAUCAUCCACAAUUCUCCAAGGCUGUGAUGGAUGAAUUUCCAGAUGAGCCUGCCUAUAUGAAAUGCCGAGCCACAUUGAACUCUUCAGAAAGAAUGGAGAACCUGGCUAAAGCUGCAAAAUGGGAGCCACCACAUGGUAGGUUCAGGCACUUCUUCUAUCCAUGGUCAGGGUGCAUUAAAGUUGGGGCAGUCCUACGCUACUGUGCUUAUGAAGUUAUGGCCCUCCAUGGAGUUCUGCACUCUGAGAUUCAGGCACCGUACAAUCUUCGAAUCACUUUGCAGACAGAGAUCCUAGAUGCAACAAGCCAUGCUGCAGAACUAGUGAGGAGCUUGGGGAAAGACAUAAGCAACAUGAAGAGAAGCCUCAAGACCUACCUGCUAGAGAGGGUUCACAGCUCAACAGAAAGACUUCAGCAUGCCAUAGACAUACAUUCCUAUCAGCUUACCACCUAUUCUGACCCACUCAACAACUCCAAUCCAGUUGAGCUUUCUCAGACACUCUCAAAGCCCAAUGACCUUGCAGAUUUGGACGGCAAUGGUGUUGAAAAGAAUCUGAAUAUACAAACAAGGAAUCUCCCACUAGCACAGGGAGAGUCAUGUCAUGAGAAGAUGAAGAAGCAGGUGAGGAGGCUGCAUUCUUGGCCUUUCAGAGAGGUGGAUGCUUUUGAAGGAGAGGAAGGAAUUGGUGUGGAGUUUUUGCCUAGGAUGAGGGCACUUGACAGCAGUGCAGCAUUAUCGCUGGCUACCUUUACUUCACUGCUGAUUGAGUUUGUCGCUAGGCUUGAUCGCUUGGUUGAAGCAGUUGAUGAGCUCGCAAUAAUGGCGAGGUUCAAGCGUGAGGGACUACAGGAGGGGAGUCUGCAACAUAAAGAACUUAAUAUUGCAAGAUCGUAGGUUAUGUCCUCAGAAAGAGAAAGGACAACGUAAGUAAAGAGGGAAUCUGAAAAAUGUUGCAAGAGAACAAAAUGAAUUUCUGAUUUACUUUUCUCUACCACCGUGCACCAUCAUCCUUUCUCCUUUAGAGUAAUGAUAAAUUCACCAAAAUGGAUAUGGUUUUCUUUCUGUCUUUUGUACAUGGUAUGUAGUGAAACUACUGAGGUUGCAAAGAUUAAGUUUAAUUUAGCAGUAUAUAAUUCCUGUGGACCUCAAACCAUCUUAAGCAGGCUUCAUUAGCCCUCUAUUCCUUGAUCCAAGAUGCUGCCAACUAAGUGCAUGUUAUGUAACUCAUUUCAUCCCGGAAAAGCAGUCAUGGGUGUUCACAGCCGCACGGCUUAAAGAAAUUUAAUUUGCUGCUGAAUUUUGUAGAUAUGUUCUGUUCAAAAAUUUGCUGUCUUGUUUCUUUUAUUGACAUUUGGGUGCUUGAGAUUGCUUUGAUCCUUGUACUUGAACAAUUAAUCAAUCUACAAGAGAAUA